AUAAGGCUGUGGCUGCAGCCUGAUUGGUAUAUCAUCUCACUUUCCCUGAGCAUUGAUUUUCCUUGCUCUCUUUUUAUUUGCUUCAUAAAAAAACAGGGACACGGAGCUACUGCUGGCUACUGGGCGGCUUUUUGGGUGCUUUUCUUUUUAGCAUGAGCCAAACGUUGUCUUCUUUCAGAUGAGGGGAGUUGGAUUAUAAAACCUUUUGUAAAUGUGUAUGGUGAUAUUUGCUCCGCUUUUUGCAAUCUUUGCAUUUGCAACAUGUGGUGGCUACUCUGGUGGACUGCGGCUCAGCGUGGACUGUGCAAACAAGACACAGAGCGACCUCAGCAUUGACAUAGCUUUUGCAUAUCCAUUCAGGUUGUACCAGGUGAAUUUCGAUGCUCCCACCUGUGAAGGCAAACGAGAAAAGCUCUCACUAAUAGGCGACUUUUCUUCUUCUGCGGAAUUCUUUGUCACUAUUGCAGUCUUUGCUUUCCUCUACUCCUUGGCAGCCACGGUGGUUUACAUUUUCUUCCAGAACAAAUACCGUGAAAACAACAGGGGACCUUUGAUUGACUUCAUUGUGACAGUGGUGUUUUCAUUCUUGUGGCUUGUGGGUUCCUCUGCUUGGGCAAAAGGACUUUCUGACGUGAAAGUUGCAACUGACCCAGAUGAAGUGCUCUUACUGAUGUCAGCUUGCAAGCAGCAGUCUAAUAAGUGCUUGCCUCUGCGCAGCCCUGUUAUGUCCAGUUUGAAUACUUCAGUUGUCUUUGGAUUCUUGAACUUUAUACUCUGGGCAGGGAAUAUUUGGUUUGUUUUCAAGGAAACUGGCUGGCAUUCUUCGGGCACGAGAUACCCUCCAGACACCAUGGGAAAACAACCCAGCACCUAUAACCAAGGUGGCUACAAUCAAGAUAGCUUUGGUCCAAGCAGUGGCUACAACCAACAGGGAGGCAGCUUUGGCCAGCAAACUACAUACGGCCAAGUGGAUGAAUUUGGCCAACAGCAACCUAGUGGCCCAACAUCAUUUGCUAAUCAAAUUUAGCAUUUGCAGAGUUUGGAGAGUUCUUGAGUGUUAUAUUUGUGAAAGUUCAAACACAGUGGCAGGCAGCACAUUUCUGAAGUGUUUAAGUAAAUAUGUCAGAAUUUCCUCUAAAUCAAAGGUUUACGGGUGUUCACCAUGGAAAGCGGGCUGUGGCUCUUGUUUGUUCAUACAUGAUGCAUCUUCUCCUUGUGAAUAGAUGAUUGAUGAUAUAUUCAUCACAGGUGUGAAUUGGAGUAAAUAAUUGUUUUAUGUACUGUAUAGAAACCUUUAACGGUAGUUUUGUAUGUGUAUGGUAGCAGCAUUUUGUAGCCUGGAGUCUGUAGUAUAAAUUAUGCAUAACACAAUUAAAUUAGCAUUAGGACUUCUUCUACAUUUUAGUGAAAAGAAAAAUGUAUUUUCUUAUGAUUUCUGAUUAAUCUAUCAUAAUGCAUGCACUGCAACUCCUCUGUUUUUAACAUUGCCUGUCUAUGACAGUUUGUUUGUCUAGUUCAAUUUUUAAUGUUUUGCUGCUGGAGAAUUUUGUUUGGCGUUCUUUCUGAUUAGCAAAUUUGCAGUGUGUCUUAGUGCAUGAAGCUGCAUAAUUCCACAAAAGAAUGUUAUGGACUGUGGAAAUGGGAUUUAUUCCGUAUCACCACUACUCUUUUUAAUUGGUUUGCUUGUUUAAUAUAACGUUUUAGAUGCUGUUCUCUAUGUAUGCCUAUUUUGUAUAUUUUACAGAGUUCAAUCAAUGGCCUACCCAAAUCCCGAAUACAGCAUAUAAUUAAUACUGUUUUCCUCCAAAGGACAUUCAGAAAUAUCUGCUGUAAACAGACCAUUUUUUUCUGUUUAAUCAAGCACAGUAUUCCUUCUAUGAACCCAUAUUUCUAUUGAUGUUUUGUGACUCUUUGAACGUGAUCUGUGUAAUAUAAGGACCAAGUAACUGUGUUUACAUGUUUACAAAGAUAUUUAUUUAAUUAGGGUAACAGAGGUGCAGAUAUCAGUACAGUGAAACUAAGUGGGGGGAAAUCCCACAUCGAUAGCUCGUGCAAAACACUACAAAGAGUAGCUUUUGCCUAUAUUGCCACUGAUGAUGAAGAAUGUUUUCUCUCUCUAUGCUGUCUCAAAUCUGUCCAAAGUCGGUUCAGUCCAGCCAUUCAAAUGACUAAUGGAUUUGGUGCUAUCUGUAAGUAGGAGGAGAACGUCAAGUGAACAAUAUCAACAAUCAGGAACACAGGGCCAGUUCCUUUAUAAGGGAGCAUAACUGAGAGGGCCUGCUGAUCUCAGAUUGUGACUAAACUUUUCUAAGGGAGAAUUUAAAGUUUCCAUUCCACUCUAGUUCUGUAGGGAGUUCCCUUUAUCUCCAAGGGAAGAGAAAAUAAUCAAACAUCAGCUGCUAGAGGAUAAUUCAUCCCUUUUUCCAACAACAAACAGAAGCCCACAUACUUAGCACUCAACAUCCACUACAAAGCAGAACCUAGGUUGAGUGCAAUGUCUCCUGUAAUUUAAAAAAACCCUGAAUUUUAGUAUUCAUAGUUCUGUAAACAGAGUACUGGGCUGCUCCCUGAAAAUUCUGCAAUCUGGCAUAACUGACCAAAACAUUUCUUAUCUAGCCAGAUUAAGUGUUUGUGCUCACUGGUGUAUGCUUUAAUGUGCAUAUCUAACAUCAAGGUGGGAGUUACAAGCAGAAUUUUUUCAUAGUUCUAUUUAACUGAUUCAUACCUAGAGUGACAAAAAGUUGACACCUGUUCAGGAGACAACAGUAAAGAGGAGGUUCAUUUUGGCCUCCCUUUUUCUUACUCCAUUUGCAGCCUACAGAACACACACCACUGGAGAAUAAAAAACUGAACAUCUGCAUUUCUAACUAAAAGUGUAUUCGUCUAUAAUAUCAUUGUAUGAGCUGUAAAUGUUCAAAGCAUCUUUUAGCAUAAAACAGCAUAGUCACUUAAAUGAUUGUUGUAACCAAUGUAUGGCUGCUCAGUGGAUGAAUCAAUAUUGUGAUAUAUCUAUUUGACCCUAAUAAAUAAAGGUUUAUUGCAUACAA